GUACUGUCACUUUUACAGGAAACAUGUUCUGGACGGUUAGACCGUUGGAGCAUUUGCAGUCCUGAAGAAGAACCAUUGGUGCUUCAACAGUUUUUAAGGUUCGAGGAGACGCGUUUAAUUACUCAACAGCUAAUGCUUGCACAGCAAGUACUCCAAGAAACCGCGCUGGAUCGCUUAGACUAUAGAUCAGCCCUUAAUUCGCGGCGACCAAUGUCUCCCAAUCGACACCCUUCACCACCAGCGUUUCCACCGUCGACGUUUCUUCCAGCGCAUCUACUUCCUCUUUCUCCGCAUAAGCAAUCGUUAAAGUUUUUCAAUUUACCCACAACAAAUGGCUCGCAAUUAUCGACACCACCUCCGGAAAAUAACAACUCCAGUCCACUCAAUACGUCUCCUUUAAAUAGGCUUCAAAGUAUGCAGCCGUUCGAUUUCCGAAAGUUAGGCGCGGGUCUUCCAGGAUUCAACGCAUGUUCUCCGCCCGACUUGGCGAGGAGAAAAGUAACCGAGGCUGAGGUGUUUAGUGGUCUAAAUCUUUCGAUGUCCUCAGCAUUGUCCAUGUGUCCUCCUCCGAUACCAACAUCUACUCUUAUACCAUCUUCUGUUAAUCACCCGUCAUCGCCAGCAAUGGUCGCGACUGUGUCGGCGAGCAGUGUUACCGCGCCCAGCCUAGUGCCGUCAUCUUUUUCCGGGUUGGCUUCUUCGAUCGAAAGUAAAUCUGUUACAAGUAAUAGUGAAAUUGGUUCCGAAGAUGACGACAACGACAACACACAGUCCGUACUUAAUCUAAGUCGCGAUAAAGAUCCAGUUAAAGUGGCUCCGCGAGUUCCCCGGACCUCGUCUAUACCGGGAAGAAAACCUACGUUACCAUCGAAAAGACAGUGGGGUUCGCCAGCCUUACCGCUUAAUUUGGGUACUCAAUUUAUUAAUCCGACAACGGGAAAAAAGCGGGUGCAAUGUAAUGUGUGUCUAAAAACAUUCUGUGAUAAAGGCGCGUUGAAAAUUCAUUUUUCGGCCGUUCAUUUACGCGAAAUGCACAAGUGCACGGUGGAGGGUUGUAACAUGAUGUUCAGUUCAAGAAGGUCACGUAAUAGACAUAGUGCGAAUCCUAAUCCCAAAUUACAUUCCCCACAUCUUCGUCGGAAGAUAUCUCCUCAUGAUGGCAGGAGUGCUCAAGCCCAUCCUAUACUAAUACCCUCUCAAACUGGAUUGCCGUUACCGACAUCCGCACUGAAUGCUCUCAAUCCAUUUGGAGCAUUUCCACUUCUAACUCCUCCACCUGAUAUUAGACAUCACUCUGCGCUAGCUGCGUUAGAUUUUAAACAUAGUUUAGAUUUAAGUUUGCAUCGAUCGAUUAUAUCUGAUGAAAUCAGGAAAGAACAUAAAGAAAAAACCAACUCGGAAGAAUACGCUUUAGAACUUACAACAAACAGGCAGAAUGAAGAAAACGAUGAUGAUUACGACGAUGGGAUUAUCGUGGUUGGAGGUGAAGAGGAAGAAGAGUCUGAAAAGAACGAGCCGUCGAACGAGGAACCGGACAGACAGGAAUAUUUUGCGUUGACACUCAAGAAACAAAAAAUGUCCGUGUCGGAUGUCGAUGAAGAUUUGGUCAGUAACGUCGAUAGUAACGACGAUUCGUUGAGUUUAGUCGACACUCAUAGUUACAAAGGUGAUUCAAAUGCCCCUACGAACAAGCGAAAACGAAAAAGCCAAAAUCCGACAAAAUGCACGGCUCCGAUGAUAAUAGAUAACGAUGUCAGUGAUGGAGAAUCUUCCGAUAAUAUUUUCGCUAGGGACACUUCUAAAGAGCAACUGAAACCAUUAAACGAUGUCGACGAUAACGAAGAAAGAACUGAAAAGCGUGAAACGCCAAAGCCACUGGACUCACCGUUGAAUUUAGGGAAACAUAGUCGAAAUAGUCCCAAUGAAACUGAAACGCCUAUUAACUCAGAGAUUAAAACUAGUCUUGCGCCAUUGUAUCAUAGCGAUAAAAUAAAAAAAGAAAAAAACCUAGGAGAAGGUGAAAACACAGAACACUACGAACGACCAGAAAGCUCAAUUGAAAGUAACAGAAGUGACGAAUCUUUUGAUUCGUCUAACGCGUUGAGGCAUCUCGAAAGUCUUUCGCAUGGAAAUUUUGGGGAGCUUCUCAGCAGAGGGUUACCACCGGGGUUUAACAGUCAGACAACGAACCUCUCACCUCUGAGUCUUUCAGUAGGAGGUGGACCACCUAGUCCCGCGCGCUCUCAGGCAUCUUCAACGUCCAACAGCGGCGAAUCCAUGGACGAAAACAGUCAAAAUUACUUUGGGCAUUUCGAUAACGGCCAAUUUAUAAGUACCAUGGAUGUUCCAAUAGAUAAAGACAAUCCGAGAAAAUGUACCGCUUGUGGAAAGAUCUUUCAAAAUCACUUUGGGGUAAAGACCCACUAUCAAAACGUGCAUUUGAAACUAAUGCACAAAUGCAAUGUGGACGGAUGUAAUGCAGCAUUUCCGUCGAAAAGGAGCAGAGAUCGUCACAGUGCCAAUCUGAAUCUGCAUAGAAAAUUAUUAUCCACCACUACUGAAAAAACCGUAGCCAGUUUGCUGCUAGAAAAAUCUUCGUUUAAUCCACUUUCAAACAGUCAAAUUCCUAACGAUUUUUUCACUCGAUUCUACAUCGAAGAGGCUAUGAAACCCCACAAUCUGGCUAAUCCGGGCAACUUCGAUCAAAUGCUUUUGAAUGGUGACAGAAUUCCUCCACCUCCUUUUCUAAUUCCACCUUUAGGAAACCUUCCGUUUCCUUUGGGCGGACUGAAUAGCUUGAAACAGUUCAACGGGGCUGCACCGUUAAGUAAAGAUCAAUCUUCGGCAUCAAGUUCACCAAUUCUAUCUCCACCCCCUUCGUAUGUAACAUGUAACUUUUCAGAACUCGUCCAUUGCAUCGAGGAAGAUCUUCCAACUCCCGACAAAGAAGGGAAUCUCCCUUGUAAAUUAUGCAAAACAUCAUUUAAAAGUGCGAUGCAACUUAAAGAACAUUGCGAACAAAACCAUUUACUCGAAAUGUGCAGGUGUACGAACAAAGGUUGCCCUAAAGUGUUUCUUUCGCGGACCAAAAGAAACGUUCAUUCGGAAAGGGAGUUGCAGAACAUGCAAAAUAAGGACGAAGACCGAAAAAGUACGUGACAUUAAAAUUUUUAUAAUUCAAUGUAACUCGUCGAGAAAAUUAUAUUAUUAUGUACUUAAGAAGAACUUAUUUGGCCCCUAUAUUUUUUUAAAUUAAUCGAUCUUGUACUAUCAGAUAAGUAGUAAAAGAAAAAGAUGUCGAAUGUUAUUGUUUAUCGGUAAAUUGAUAUAUUGGUUAUGUGAUCUCUUUUAUUUAUUGUGAUGAAGUUGUACAUAUAUUUGCAUACAAAAUACAUAUUUACCGAAGAAAUCUAAGUAUUCGUUGUCUGUAAAACUACUUCCUAUAGGUACGUAAAAUAUGCGUAAAGAAAAGUAAUAAAUAAUAAAGUAAUUGAACGCCAGUGUGUGUGAGUGUGUAAUUUUCUUGUCCGCUUCUCGAACAUUGUAUGUAUUAAAUGUGCAAUAACGAUGUGUAUAUGUCUGUAAAUACUUUCUGUCUUAAGUGUAUAAAUGUAAAUAUUUAUAAAUGUAAAUUAAAAAUUACUACUACGAUAGCAGUUCAAAUCUAAAUGUGUAAUUACUUAGCUAUACACAAAAAAUCAUCAGUGACUGCCCUCAGAAAGGCAAAUGUUCUCAUCAAUUCAAAAUACUAAGUGAUAAGAAUUUUGACGCCAUAUGCUAAUAACUUUUAAAAGGAGUAACUAAUAUGCAUUUUAUGUUACCACAACAGUAAAGUGACCUUAUAAAAGCAAUUUUACGUAAGACGAUUCCAAGUAAUUACCGAACUACAAUAUAACUUUUAUUAUUUUCGAAAAUAAAAAAAAUACCACCUCUAAUUAAUAACAAUUUUUAUAUGGCGUCAUAUAAAUUCGGA